ACACAGAGAGCGCGCUACUAGUAGCAAAGAAAGAAGAAGCAACAAGCACAAGUUAAUUAAGGUCGCUAGCUAGCUAGAUCACAUAUAUACAGUAGUGUGCCGAUCCGAUCGUCGUCGAUAGAUCCUUGGAGCCACCAACGACCCGCUGCUAGCUGCUCAUCCGAUCCCUUGCUUAUUAUUACUCGCUUUUAGCGGCGGUCGUCGUCGUCGUCUCUCCUGGCUAGACAUACAUACAUACAUACAUACAGCUCCGAUAGAUCCUAUCGCCACCAUUAGAGUAGACCCUGCAAACAAUAAGCUAGCUAGCUAGCUGGCUGGCCAAGGAACCAAAAGCUAGCGGCUAUCUAGCUAGCUAGCAGCAGAUCAUAUAGCUGUAAAGCCGCAGCUACGCAGCAUGGCGCCGGCGCUCCUCCUCCGGCUGCUGCUGCUGCUUGUUGUUGCGGCGGCGGCCGCAUCAUCAUCAAGGACGACGAGGUGCCAUGGGUACCAGUACAAGGCGUCGCAGGGCCCCCUGGUGACGGCGGUGAUCGUGUUCGGCGACUCCAUCGUGGACCCCGGCAACAACAACGACCUGCACACGCAGAUCAAGGCCAACCAUCCGCCCUACGGCAAGGACUUCUUCAACCACGAGGCCACCGGAAGAUACUCCAACGGCCUCAUACCCACAGACCUCAUCGCCCAGGGGCUCGGCGUGAAGCAGCUGCUGCCUGCGUACCUGGGCGCGGAUCUGAGCCCGGAGGAUCUGCUCACCGGCGUCAGCUUCGCGUCCGGCGCCACCGGAUUCGAUCCGCUCACGCCCAUCGUGGUUAACGUCGUCUCGCUGGAGCAGCAGCUCGCCUACUUCGACGAGUACCGUGCCAAGCUGGUGGGCAUCGCCGGCGAGGAGGAGACGGUGAGGAUCCUCAGGGGGGCGCUCUUCGUGGUGUGCGCCGGCACCGACGACGUGGCCAACACCUACUUCACCACGCCCUUCCGGCGCGUGGCGUACGACAUCCGCAGCUACGUGGACCUGCUCGUCGCCGGCGCCGAGGCCUUCCUCCGGAACGUCAGCGCCAGGGGCGCCAGCAAGAUCGGCUUCGUGGGGAUGCCGCCGGUGGGGUGCGUGCCGUCGCAGCGGACGCUGGGCGGCGGCGUCCGGCGGGAGUGCGAGCCGAGGCGCAACGAGGCGGCGCAGCUGUACAACGCCAGGAUCCAGGGGAUGAUCGCCGGCCUCAACGCCGAGCAGGGAUUCGGGACGCUGGUGGUGUACCUGGACAUCUACCGCAUCCUGGACGAGCUCAUGGAGCGCGGCGACAGGUACGGCUUCGCCGAGACCACCAAGGGAUGCUGCGGCACCGGCACCAUCGAGGUCACCGGGCUCUGCGACAGCCGCUUCGUCUCCGUCUGCGACGACGUCUCCCAGCACGUCUUCUUCGACAGCUACCACCCCACGGAGCGAGCCUACAGGAUCAUCGUCGACGACAUCUUCGACAACUACAUCCAAGUGCUCAUCUAGUCUAGCUUCUACUGUGUCAUGUGUACGUGUGUUUUGUUUCUUUUUUCUUUAAGUAUUGAUUAUAAUUUGGUUGAGGGGUUGUGUGUGUGUGUUGACUGCUGUUGCUGCAUUGGGAGUUGGGACGGACGGACGGAUCAACCAGCAAAUUAAAUGCAUGGGCCAGAAAUUAAGAUUAUAUAUAUUGGGCCCAAGCUCCAAAGUAAAGUCCAUUCUGAAAUAA